GUCAUUACAUGCUCAGACCACCACUUCAAGAAGCUGAAAAGUGUGACCACUGCUCCACCGACUUCAGCUCCUCCACUGCUCCGACAACCACUUCAAUUUCCGAGCAAAUUUGGAGUUUUCUUCUUCAAUUUGGUGAUUUUAAAUGUUAGCAAAGGCAAACAAGAGGUCAGUUUGAGUGCAUUUGCUUUUUUGUUUUCGGAGCUUGUUCAGUACAAUCAGACUCAAGUGGACAACAUCACUGAAUUAGAGCGAAGGUUAGAGGAUGCUGGCUAUGCUGUAGGAGCACGUAUUUUAGAACUCCUCUGCCAUAGGGAAAAGGAACUCGAGGACCCACUAAUUCUUAUUCACGAGAAAAAGAUCUCAAGCGUUAAUGCUGUUGUGAGAGCAUUAAAGUUGGCUCUGAGGCCCCUCUUAAUUGUGGCUGAAGAUGUGGACAGUGAAGCACUUGCUACUCUUAUUUUGAACAAGCUUCAUGCUGGAAUCAAGAGCGACCCUAUGGCAGUCAUUUAUUCAAAAGGAAGAGAUGGUUCAUUGCAAGAGCUUGGCCGUACUAAAGUAGUUCCAAACUCAUUGAAUCCCCAGUGCAUUAGGUUCUGUGUCCUUGAUGUUGGCACUCAAUUCCAUAAUCACGAUAUCAAGCUUAUACAGAUGCUUAAACUGGAGGAGCAGGACUUUCUUGGUGAGGCUAGUUGUACAUUAUCUCAGAUUGUCACAAAGUCAAACGGGUCCCUGACCUUAGACCUUAUAUGUGGAGAACAAUCUUCUGGUCCAACGCAUGCCCAAAAGUCUGGUAAGCUUAAUGUUUCUGCUGAAGAAAGUGUUGCCUCAAAGACGACUGUAGAGUUGAAAUUGAGAUGUUCCAAAUUAUUGUCCAAGGAUGUGUUCACAAAAAGCGAUCCAUUUUUGGUGAUAUCAAAAUCUACAGAGAGCGGAAUGGUGGUUCCAAUUUGCAAAACAGAAGUUAUAAAAGAUGAUCAUAGUCCAAAUUGGAAAUCAAUUUCCUGGAGUAUCCAGUAUAAAAGAAAUGUUCCUCCAUGUGCUUCCUAAAAGAAUUUCUGAAACCCUCCCAAAAAAUGCAGAAUCAUGGAAGGGAAAAAACCGAAAACCCUGGGAGACAGAUAUUGCUACCAGCAAUAUUUUUCAUGCAGUCAUUAACCAUUUUUUCCGUGGAUUGAUAACUCAAUGAUAGAUAUUUGGAUUUGAAAGUGUAGCUAGUUAAUUUUUCACACAUCGAUUAGUUGAGGGGUGUCCAUACAAUUUGCACUGCCGAUCUUUGGCAGAUCGUAUGCUCUCACUUGGAAGAAUUUUCAUGUAUUUGCUCUUUAAUUUGAAUAAAGGGGAGCCUUGGAGAAACCUAAAGUUGUUGAAUGUUUUGAAUUAUGAGAUUAUUAAUGAAUGAUUUUGUUUUGUGAUGUGUA